AUGCAAGGAUCGGCCACCUCAAGCCAAAUCUCUGCCUUUCUCAUUUCUUUAAAACUUCAAGAAAAGGACAAAGAUCCACAAGUGGUGGCAGCUUGUGCGACAGCUAUGCGUAGCCAUGCCUGUCUUGUCCCUUACGACCACCAUCCUCAGCUUGUAGGACAGGUGGUGGAUAUCGUUGGUACAGGUGGUGAUGGCCAUGAUACCUACAAUGUCUCCACAACGGCCUCUAUUGUUGCAGCGGGGGCAGGGGCCAAGGUAGCUAAACAUGGGAAUCGAGCCGCCUCAUCACGAUCAGGAUCAGCGGAUCUGAUGGAGGCCCAUGGAUGUGCUAUUACACAAGUUGAGCCUUAUCAAGUCGCGGAUAUCCUAGAUCAUACUCACUUUUGCUUUUUAUUUUCACCUACUUUCCAUCCAGCGAUGAAGCAUGUAGCCAAGUUGAGAAAGGAGAUAGCCGUCCCCACCAUAGGAGCGUUGAUGGCGAAUGCACUUCGAUUAACAGGUGUGCAAGAGGGCUUAGUCGUCUGUGGUGCAGAGGGAUUAGAUGAGAUUAGUCCUGCAGGUGAAACGCAUUAUUGGAGAAUUGAUGGCAACGAUAUAAAGACAGGCGUAUUACAUCCAACUGUCGAUUUUGGAUUAAAGAGAACCUAUCCUUUAUCUCAAGUCAAAGGGGGUGAUUGUCAUGAAAACGCUCACAUCUUGAAUCAAUUAUUAAAUAAUCAAUUAUCCGAUGAAGAUCCCAUUUUAAAUUUCGUACUAUUAAACACAUCGGCUCUUUUAGUCAUGGCUGGAAUUGCCAGUGAUUUUAAAGAAGGUGUGGAAAAGGCCCGUGAAUCCAUCAAGUCAGGCAAUGCAAAGCGAGUGCUAGAAUCCUUUAGAGAUGAGACAAGAAAAGAAAAAAGGUGAUUACAUAAAUAAACUAAACUAAACUAAACUAAACUCAAAGAGAGAGAGAGAGUGUGUGUGUGUGUGAGCGAGCAAGCCAGCCAGCCCCAGCUUUUUUUUAUUUUAUUUUAUUUUAAUUUUAUUAUUGCUUGAUUUGGCUCAAUU